AUGAGGAUACCCUUUCUACUCGGAGUGAUUUCAUCACUAUAUCUUAGCACAACAUUGGUGGUAGCAGUAGAUUGGUCCAAGCCCGGUUGUCCAUCAAACUGCGGAAAUAUCACAAUUCCAUAUCCAUUUGGCAUUGGUUCUUCAUGCAGUUUCAAUUCCUCCUUCGAAAUCACCUGCAUCAGCCAAAACUCCACCGCGGUAGUAGUACCAUUCUUGAGCAGCAUAAAUAUGGAAGCUCUGAAUUUUUCUGUGCACGGUACUGUCACAGUCAAGAACCCCAUUGCACCAAUGAAAUGCUCCGUAACACAAAAAACUGCUUAUUUGGUAAGAUCACUCGAAAAAAGUCCAUUUACCAUCUCAGACAAUUACAAUUUAUUUGUCGUUCUGGGUUGUCAGAAUUUGGUUUGGGUUCGUGCUAACGAAACAGCUAUAGCCGCAGGAUGCAUGGCCAUUUGUGAUGCUAAUUCUACAGAUUCUAGUUGCAACGGUGUCAACUGUUGUCAGACAACACUCCCACCUCGACUCAAGGAGGUUAAAUAUACUUACCAAGGCAUUAAUCGAGUCGGUACUAAUAACUUCUCAUGUGGAUAUGCUUUUGCUGUGGAAAAUAAAUGGUUCCAAGUGGAAUAUUAUGGGUAUAAAGGCCUUCAUAUUAAUAUGUUAAAUCCUUUUGACCCUAAAUUUGAAUUUGCACCACUGGUACUUGAGUGGAAACUCGACAACCCGAAUCUUUUAGGUCAGGGUUCAUGCUAUGUUUAUGGAUCUUCCCUCCAAUAUUGUUCUUGCUUACGUGGCUAUGAAGGGAACCCAUAUUUAUCUGGAGGAUGCAUUGAUAUUGAUGAAUGCAUCAAUCCAAAUUUGAAUUUUUGCAUAAAUGACGAUACCAGAUGCAUAAACACAAUCGGGAGUUACGAUUGUGAACUUAAACAUAAGCUUACAAGGGCACCUGUGAUCCUAAUAGGAGUCAUCAGCGGUGGUAGUGUCCUUGGUGCACUAAUUUUACUCUUCGCAGCAUGGAAGUACAUUAAAAGAAGAAUCAAGGCUAACCAUAAACUCAAGUUCUUCAAACGAAAUGGAGGUUUGUUAUUGCAACAAGAGUUGUCUUCAACCGACAACGGCCUAGAGAAGACCAAACUAUUCAGUUCUAAAGAGUUGGCACAAGCUACUGAUCGUUACAAUGAAAAUCGUGUACUUGGUCGUGGUGGCCAAGGUACCGUGUAUAAAGGAAUGUUGACAGAUGGAAGAAUUGUGGCAGUCAAAAAGUCUAUAAAGGUAGAAGAUGGCGAUGUCGAACUGUUCAUCAAUGAGGUUGUUAUUCUAUCACAAAUAAACCACAGAAAUGUGGUCAAGCUAUUGGGGUGUUGUUUGGAGACCGAAGUUCCUCUUUUAGUCUACGAGUUCAUACCCAAUGGCACACUCUUCCAACAUGUGCACGAUCCAAACGAGGAGUUCCCUUUAUCUUGGGAAAUGCGAAUACGCAUUGCAAGAGAGGUAGCGGGAGCGCUCUCUUACUUGCACUCUUCUGCAUCUGCACCUAUUUAUCAUCGAGAUAUAAAGUCCACGAAUAUAUUAUUGGACGAUAAAUAUCGGGCCAAAGUUGCUGAUUUCGGGACAUCAAGAUCGAUUGGUAUAGAUCAGACGCACUUAACCACACGAGUACUAGGAACAUUUGGUUAUUUGGAUCCUGAGUACUUCCAAUCGAGCCAGUUUACGGACAAGAGCGAUGUCUAUAGCUUCGGUGUUGUUGUUGUUGAGCUUUUGACAGGGGAGAAAGCUGUAUCGUCGAUUAGGGCCGAUGUGGGAAAAAGUUUGGCGACACAUUUCUUGCACUCGAUGGAGGAGAAUCGCCUAUUCGACAUACUUGAUGCGAGGGUGCUGAAAGAGGGGAAGAGAGAGGAGAUUGUGGCUAUUGCAGAGAUUGCUAAGAGAUGUCUGAAUUUAAAUGGAAAGAGAAGGCCAACAAUGAAUGAAGUUGUUGUGGAGUUGGAAGGAAUUCGAAUGCUAAAAGAAGGUUACAUGCAAAAUCAGGAUGAUCAAAGCAUAACACCUUCAAUUCAUGAUCAUGGUGUUGCUGAGUCUUAUGACUUCUCUUCCAUCUUAGAUGAUUCAAUAAUAGCGUAUUUACCAACAGAUGGCCGUCCUUUGCUUAAUAGCCCGGAAAGGAAAUAUUGA